UUUCAGAAGACUGGGUGCUGACCCUGAUGUGUAGAGACUCUGCAAAUCCCUGAUAUGAGAUCUGUGUUCUCUCGUAGAUUGACGGAAGGAAUGGUUCCAAGCCUAUGAGUGACUGUGUGCUUCUAGAUGUUCCUCCUGUUGCCCUCAUGGCUUCUGGCUUCUCCUUAAGUUCUCUGUGGUGAUUCAGAUGCUGGCAUCACCAACAGUGUUACCAUGGCAGAAGUGAUGGUCACAACACUGGUACUGGUUCUCAAGGGUCCUGUCACAAAUCUACCCCCCCUAAAAUCAGCCUCUGGCUCUUUCUCCUGUUUGAGAACAUGGCCUUGAGUUAAAAGACUCAUAUUGCAGGAAGCUUAUCCCCUCCUCAGUUCAGGCAACUCUGUGGCUAUGAGGUGGUGGGUGUCUGUGUGCUUUUUAUUGGGGCAGGGGAGGACUUUGCAUGAUUGAUAACUCUCUCAACAAGGCCUGUCACUCUGGAUCCAGACUCUGAUCACCACAGGCUUUCUGUCUAAUGAAAAGAUGCAUAUGCACAUAUGAGAAAUGCAGUGUGUUGGAUUUUGAGGGCAUCAUAUCAGGAAGAUGUUACUGGGAAGUGGUGAUAGAGAAAGGAUGGUUCAGCAGGUGGACUCUGGGAGUCUGAAGGAAAGAUAUGAAAAGAAUAGAUUGGCAUGAGGAAUUACCAGAUAGAGGGUUUUAGGUCCUGGGGAAGUUUAAGGAUAGAUGUUGUGCCUGGACUGAUCCUGUGACUUGGUUAUUUCCUAGGCAAAAUCCCUGCCAGGGUGGGGGUUUUCCUGGACUACAGUGAAGGGGAUGUCUCCUUCUAUAACUUGAUGGAUGGUUUUCAUAUUUUCUCUUUCCCUCCAGUUUCCUUCUGUGGAACUCUCUUUCCAUACUUCAUGUUUAUGUAUGGAGAUGUGUCCAUGACAAUUUGCUCCAUGGAGAGUCUGAGGGGCUCCCUAUACAGCUUGACAAUUCAUUUCCUUUAGAGGCGAUCCUGAGCACCUCAAUGGAGGGGUUCAACGCUGGCUGUGGUGUUGAUGGUGCUCACCCAGAGGCUGAAUCUCCAUUACUUCCCUGAAACUUUCAGGUUUUGUUCCCACAGGGUCCCUUGCUGUCCUUGAUCCCCCACUGUUGCCUUUCCUUUGGCUACAGACUCCCUGUGGCAAAAUCUCCUGAGAUGAUACUUGGAAGGCUCACUGGGCUUGUCCUCCUGCUCUGUGUUCAGACUUCAUAUGUGUGGUUAUGAGAGUUCUAUUCAUGUCCUAUAUUCAGAUAGCAGAAGAAAAAAUUUGACUGUUUUGGAACUGGCUUAGGGAAUGUGGAAUUUAACUAUGAGGAGCCAUUUUUGUUUUUUUUUGGUUAAAAUGUAUUUAAGACAGGUGUGGCACCACAUACCUGUGGUCCUAGCUACUGGGGAGGCUAAAGUAGGAGGAUCACUUUAGCCCAUAAUUUUGAGACCAGCCUGGACAGCAUAGUGGUACCCUAUCUCAAGAAAAAAUCAAACAAAUGGGACACACAUUACUGGACUUGAAUGUUUGUAGAGGAACCUUGAGGUUGAGAAUGGUCACUUGUUCUAUUUCUGCAGAUGAUAGAAAGUUUAUCAUCCAGAAAUUUCCAGAGAAAUGAAUAAUGUGUUAGUCACCUUUUUUUUUCUCUGUGAGAAAAUCAACCUGAAGGAGAAGAGAUUUAUUAUCCUCCCAGUCUUAGAGGUUUCAGUUCAUAGUCACCUGGCUCCAUUGUUUCUGAGGCAGAAUGUCAUGUGAUGACAGGGAACAGGUGAUGGAGCAAGUGUCUCACCUCAUGGAAGAUAGAAGGCAAGGGUUCAGGGAGGCAAGAGCAAGAGAAACAGGGGGCCCAGGACAAGACUGUCUUCAAGGACACAGCCAAGUUACCUACUUCCUUCCUGUUUCCUAGUCCCCACCUCCUCAAGUUUCUACCACCUCCUAAAAAGGCCACCAGCUGGGGACCAAGCUUUUAACAGAUGAUCCUUUGGAGAAUAUUUCAGUUCCAAACUCCAAUGAAUGAUGGAGUUUUAAGAGAAGAGUCCAACAUUCUAUAUUAUCUGCUUCCUAUUUCGGAUGAAUAAAACAUACCUCUUAUUCCAUAACAAGAAGUAUUACUUGAGUGAACAUAAAUAAAAAAGAGAAUUUUCAGAUGCAAGAUGAAUUACAGCAAGCUUUGACCAUAAGCUUGGAACUUGUGAUACUCCUGCCUCAGGGAUUACAGGCAUGGGCCACCAUAGUGGGCUGUUUUUCUACCUACGGUGACAGGAAUUUCAGAAACAGGUCCCUGGAGCAUUCCAAGUGCUGGUGCCCCCAACUCUUUCAGAUUUAGACUGUGCCUUGGGACAGACCUGCCCCUGUCAGUGUUUGUCCAUGUGACCCUGUGACCUUGGAUAUCUUCCACUAUUGUAGAGUCACCAUCCUUCAGCUCUAGAAUGAGGACAGUGAGAACCACCUCAUGGUAUUGUACUAAAUCAUCAUGGGAAUGAGGUAUAAAAUGUUCAAGGUAAAAUGACCCUCAGUGAAUGGUGUGCCGAAGUAUUUCUUGGUGGUUAUUGGAGAGCAGAGGCCCUGUCUGUGCCUGAGAGGAGGAGUCUCUGUGACAGGACAGGAACAAGGUGUGCACCAUUCUAGGGAGUGUUAGAAUGUGCCUCAUGGGGCUAGACAGGGACUCUCUUGCCCUGGGCCCCCCUCUACUUCUCUGAGGGGCAGAGGUCAACCUUUGAGACCUCUAGGCCUUUUUCCAUGAUCCAGUUCUGAAAUCCCUCCACUGGGACUCACCUGUUUCACCCUUGAACAUACAUGGGCCUGACCUACCUGGGAUUGGGAACAUCAGUGAAUUCUUUCCAGGUCACUGAUGGGUCACACAUAUGGUCAGUGCCUGUGCUGGCUCUCUGCAACUGAUCUGACUUGGAGUAACUGGGGAACAUGUUUCAGAUACUCUGGGCCCAUGUGUCCGUUCUGGUGUCACAUCUCCUAAUAGGCAGACCAAAUGCCAGGUAUGACCUUCCAGCCUCCCUUUUCUUAAAAAAAAUUAGUUGUAGAUGAACACAAUACCUUUAUUUCAUUUACUUUUAUGUGGUGCAGAGGAUCAAACCCAGUGCCUCACAUGUGCUGGCCAAGGGCUCCACCACUGAGCCACACACACAGCCCUGCUCCUUUCUUUUUAUGGUAGCUUUCUCUCAGUUGGCUGUCUUUUCCUUUUAAAUUUUUAUUUAUUGUUUGCUUUUCAUUAGUCUAAUACAUUUCACUCAAUUCUCUAUAGGCAUGUAUAUUUUUCUCCCUCUAGCCUCACUCCCUUGCCCUUCUCUAUCUCAGGGCUUUAGUGGGAGGGAUACUUUAUGUCCCUGGAAUCUCAGAUGAGGAACGGGUGAAUCGCUCAUGCAGAAGGUGAUGGGGCAGGUGCUCCAGUCAGGAGGGCUCAGUAGCUGAAUUCAGGGUGGGGCUGGGCCAGGGCCAGGCUCCACUAAGAGAGAGAGGCAUAAGGAGGUCUCUCAGAUACUGGUGGUUGGAUAUUUCAGGAUGUGUUCAAUCCGCAGUAUGAACUGAAUUGGGGGUAUGGGAGAGUUAAACACUUUAUAUCAACUGUCACAUUUUUAGAAUCUCAAUGAAUUUAAUACAUUUUACAUUAACCAUUGUUUUAUGGUUUUGGCUAUUAUCCGAAGCUAUUUAGAAAACAUUUAAUAUGGGAAAAGAUAAGAGGUAUUUAUUACAUGUUGGUCAUAAAAGAAAGUUAAUAUUAACCUCAUUAGUAUUAGGAUCAUUUAAGUUUAUACAAGAAAAUUAUUUGUAGUUUACUGAAUAGUGUUUCUUGUCAAAGCAGGUGAAUGGCAAUCCUGAUGAGCUGGGAGAGGACAGUGCUGAUGUUCGGUGUCCCCUGCCAGUGCUGGUCAGGUAUUCUGCCAGUGUUCUUUAAGGAGACCUGACCUGCACUUUGUCACCACUUCCACCCCCUCCUCCUCAAAUGGAAGGCAAAGUGCACCUUGGGAGGGAGAAUGCUCAGGUCAGGGUGAGAUAAGCUUUCUGGCCAUGUAAUUGAGGCAACUGAGAGUCCAAGGUCCCUUUCAGGAUCUUGCUCACUUGAGUUACCUGGGGCAGGGGGCUGGGCUGGGCUAGAGAUGUGGUGGUGGGAGGCAGUCUCCUGGCACAUCUAGCCUCUCCCUCCUCUAGGAAGUUACUAGAUUGAUAUUAUCAGAUGGCAGUGCUCAUGGCUUUAUCUCUGCAAUUGUAAUAAUGAGAACCAUAAGUAAAAUUUAUGUAGCACAGCUCUUGAUAAUUAGUAAGGAUUCCAUAUAAUUUUGUUUUCUUCUUUUUCAUGUCCCUAACAUUUCCAAGUUACAGUUUGCCCUUAGGGCAGGGAUUGGUGGUGGCAUUGUGGGGGUGGUUGUGGCAUUUCACCUCUAAGUGGGUUGUUCUGCAGUGUUCCAGGAAAAUUGUGGGUACCCUCUUUUUGCUGCUCUGCUGUGCUGCUUUCUUCCUGGUAAAGGGAGCAAUGUCCAGAGGGCAGGGCACACUCUGCUCAGGCUCCCUUUGCAAGCUUUCGCUUUAGAUGGUGGAAGGAACCAGAGAGGGGUUGCUCCUCUAACUGGGAGGGCUUAGUGGGGUCCCCGUGUCAGAGACUCUGCAGAGAUCACUGCAACUUAUGUCUGGCUCUGCUUUUUCCCCCUAUUCCUGGGGACCAACUGCCUUUUGGAAAUGAGGAAUUUGGGACCCCAGCAUUGGAUUCAGAAGCAGAGGGUAGGGCUCUAAGUGCAGUUUGGGGCAGCUGCAAAUUCUGAGGGCAGCUUUGGGGCCUGCUGGGGUCCUUGUGACUCUGACCUAUCUCCAGCUGCUGUGUUUAGAGACGCUCCAGGAAGUCACAGCCUUUCAUAGGUGGGAGAACACAGAAGCAGCUCUAAAGAUAUGGAAGGGCGCUGCAGUCGCUCCUUGCUCUGCUGUCUCGCUUCCCUGCUUCUCCUUGUCCAGCUGUCCACAGAGCAGUUCCAGGUUGUUGGCCCUCGACAUCCCAUUGUGGCAGUGCUGGGCGAGGAUGCCAUACUGCCCUGUGCCCUACUCCCAGCCAUGAAUGCAGAGAACAUGGAACUGGGGUGGUUCCGCACCACACUCUCACAGGCAGUGUUCAUCUACUGGAACCAACAAGAACAGACUGAAGAGCAGAUGGAUGAGUACAGAGGGCGGACCUCACUGGUGAGGGACUUCCUUUUAGAAGGGCAGGCUUCUGUGCACAUCCACAAGGUCCAGGUUUCUGACAAUGGAAUGUACACCUGCUUCUUCAGACAUGGAGGCUUCUAUGAAGAGGCUGAUUUGGAAGUGAAGGUGGCAGGGAUGGGCUCUGAUCCCCAAGUGCACAUAGAAGGGCCAGAAGAGGAUGGAGUCCGUGUGGUGUGCAAAGCCUCAGGAUGGUUCCCAAAGCCCCAGGUGCAGUGGAGAGACCUCAGUGGAAAGAAGUUCCCAGCGCUUUCUGAGGCUCACACCCAAGACACUGAGGAGCUGUUUAGUGUGGAGGCCACUCUGGUGGUGAGAGACAGUUCUGUGGGGAAUGUGACCUGCUCUGUCCUCAACCCUGUCCUGGACCAGGAGAAGGCCAUGGCUAUUUACAUCCCAGAGCCCUUCUUCCCUCAGGCCUCUCCCUGGAAGCCAGCAUUUGCUGUGAUCCUGACCAUGCUGGGGCUCCUACUCUUGGGGGCUUGCUGUUUUAUCAGAAAAGCACAUUCUAGAAGGAUGCAGGUGAGGCAGGAAAAGGAUCAUCUGUGGCGGCUUAAGGAGGAGAAACAGCAGGCAAAGGAAGAGGUGCUGAAGACCAUUGAUGAACUCAAGGCAGACCUCUAUCAGAGGAAAGAAGCUUAUCUGUCUGCCUGGAGGAAGGCCCCACUGUAUGCAGAUUGGCGGAAGGAACGGUUCCAAGCCUGGCCUGUCACUCUGGAUCCAGACUCUGCUCACCACAGGCUUUCUGUUUGUCAUGAAAAGAUGCUUCUGACCUGGAAGGACCCCUCUGUGUACUGUGAUGAAAAAUGCAGUGUGUUGGGUCUUGAGGGCAUCACAUCAGGAAGAUGGUACUGGGAAGUGAAGAUAGAGAAUGAAUUACACAGCAGGUGGACUCUGGGAGUCUGUAGGAAAGAUGUGCGGAGAAAAGGCAACUACCUGGAAUCACCACAAAGGGGAUUUUGGGUCAUGGGGAAAGUUAACAAGAGUUAUUUUGCCCUAACUAAUCCUGAGACUUGGUUAUCUUCUAUGCAGGAUCUUUUCAGGGUGGGGGUUUUCCUGGACUACAGUGAAGGGGAUGUCUCCUUCUAUAACAUGAUUGAUGGGUCCCACAUUUUCUCUUUCCCUCCAGCCUCCUUUUCUGGAGCUCUGUUUCCAUACUUAAUGAUUAUGUAUGGAGCUGUGUCCAUGACCGUCUGCUCCAUGGAAAGUGGGUCUGAAGGGCUCCCUGUACCCCUUAACAAUUUUCCUCCUUUGGAGGAAACCCUGAGCACCCCAAUGGAGGGGUUCAGCUCAGGUUGUGGUGUUGAUGGAGCUCCCCCAGAGGCUGAAUCUCUGUUACUUCCCUGACACUCUCAGGUUUUGUCCACAUAGGAUCCCUUGCUGUCUGUGAUCCCUCACUGUAGCACUUCUGGGGCUAUAGACUCCCUGUGUAAAAAGCCUGUGAUAUGAGACUUGGACUGUUCAGUGGGCUUGUCCUUCUGCUCUGUGUUAAGACUUUAGAUAGAUGUGUGGUUAUGAGAGUUCAGUUCAUAUCUUAUAUUCAGAUAGCAGAAGGUAAAAUUUGGCUAUUUUGUAACUGGUUUAGAGAAUGUGCAAUUUAACUGAGGCGCCCUAUUUUUUUGGUAUUAAUAAGUAUUUCAAGCAGCUGUGGCAGCAUAUACCUAUAGUCCCAUCUACUGUGGAGGCUAAGGCACGUGGAUCAAUUUAUCCCACAUGUUUGAGACCAGCCUGGCCAACAUAAUGAUACUCUGUUUCCAAAAACAAAACAAAACAAAAUAAAAAAUUCAAACAAAGGAGAGAUUACAUUACUGCACCUGCAUGUGUGUAGAGGAACCUUGAGGUUGAGCGUGGUCCUCAGUUCUAUUUUUGCAUAUUUGGACUAUCAGAUGACAGUUCAUUAUCCAAAAAUUUCCAGUGAAAUGGAAAGGUGUGUUAUUCAUUUUUUUUGUCUCUGUGACAAAAUACAGAGAAAAUCAACCUAAAGGAGGAGAGAUUUAUUUUCCUCACAGUUUUAGAGGUUUCAGCCCAUAGUCACCUGGCUGCAUUAUUUCUGAGGUAGAAUGUAUGGGAGCAGGUGGUGGAGUGAGUGGCUCACCUUAUGGCAGACAGAAGGCAAGAGAGGGAGAGAGAGAGAGAGUGAGGGGGAGAGAGGGGAGGGAAGGAGAAGGAGAGGAGAAAGAAUGAGAGAGAAGAGAGAGAGAGAGAGAGAGAUAGAGAGAGAGAGAGAGAGAGAGAGAGAGAGAGAGAGAGUAAUAUAUAGAUAAGGGGCCAAGACAUAGUCUUCAAGGACACAGUCACAGUUACCUACUUCCUUCCUCUUUCCUAGUCCCCACCUAUUGAAAUUUCUACCACCUCCCAAAGGGCCACGAGCUGGGGACCAAACUUUUAACACAUGAGCCUUUGGGGGAUAUUUCAGUUCCAAACUACAAUGAAUGAUGGAGUUUUAAGAGAAGAGUCCAACAUUUUAUGUUAUCUGCUUCCUAUUCUGAGAUGAAUAUAACAUGCCUAUUUUUCCAUAAUUCAGUAAAUUUCUGGUACCACUGAGAGUGUUGUGAUAUGUUAAUUCAGGAUAAGACAAUGGGCCCCCUCCUUAAAAAGCUAUUAGUAUAUAUUCAUUGUAUAAAAUAUUGGUUCUUAUUGUGACAAUUUCAUACAUGCAUAUAUUGUACUUUGAUCAUAUCCCCCUUCCUGCUACCCUCUUUGACUUUUCCUUACAUUCUCACUUUGUGUCUAUACUACAACUGCAAGAAUAAAGAUGUGUUCACUCUACCAAGUGAACAAUCAUGACCAGUUGUUCUGACUGGGGAAGAGACAACACAGUUUGGGAUUUGAAAGAUAUAUAGAAAGUACAUAUAAUUACACAGUCCUUCUAGAAACAAGGACUUUAAUAGCUUUGUGUAUUUUCUCUUUGCUUGUGGCAUAUAUGUGUAUAUUUGUGAAUAUUGACCAUUUGCUUUCUCUCUUCUUAUAUUCAUGAUUUUCUAUACAAAUUGUUAUCUUUUAGGUAACAGUAUAUUCAUUGAGACUGACUGAAUCUGAAGAGUAGAUAAUAUAACAGUGUAGUGUACAGUGACUGAUAGUGCUUCUUUCUUCAUGUGGGGGAACAGAUGAGAACCUCUUCAUUUGUCAGGUGGCUUUGUCAUGUAGAUUUGUUGUCUUAUGGAAGUUCAAAUGUUUGUAAUAUGGUGUAAAAUGUAUGCAAAAAUAAAGUCAAAGGUGUGGACAGA